AUUUAUUUUAAAUACUAAACUUAUCUCUUCCUUUCUUUUCAUAUAUAGAAGUAUAUAUAUUUCUUCACUCAAAAUCAAAACCAAAAUAAAAUAAUACAAUGAAGCUUAAAACAAAGCAUCUUAUAAUAUUUAUAGUAAUCUUAGUAGGUUGUUGUUUAACAUCAGUCUCUUGGGCAAAAGAGAGGGAGUGGGACCUACAUCCGAAAAAAGACAUAGAGCGACUGUGUGAGAAGGAAUGUGAAAGACAACAACCGUAUUUCGAAGAGCAUCUGUGCAGGCGAAAAUGCGAGGAAAGGGAGAAGAGUGAUCAUCAUGAUCACAUAAAUGUUAGAGAUGAUGAUCAUGAUUAUGCAAAGGAAGAGUAUGACCGAUGUCAGCAAAGGUGUCCCGGCACGGGUAAACAACAAUGGGAGUGUCAACAGAUGUGUAAGGAUGAAUACGAGUCGGCUUCCCGUACCGAACCCGAACACGAACAUCAACAUCCACAUGGUCGAGAUAAACGGUACCCACAACGACACGACUAUACCCAUUGUCUGCGCGAGUGUGAAGAUAGGGAGGAGGGUUUCCCUAGACAAAGGCAAUGCAAGUUGCGAUGUGAAGAAGAAUUUGGUGAACGUCGAGAGAGGCACGAUCAUCAACAUCGGGAUGACAAACGAGGCCAUAGAAAAGGUUUAAGUAACAUUAACAAGAGCAAAGACAAGAAGAAGCAUAACCCUUACUACUUUGACUCCGAGAGUUUCGAAUCGAUUUAUUCAACUCAAGAAGGAAAAAUGAGUGUACUCCAAAGGUUCUCGGAGAAGUCGAAACUCCUCCUUGGCAUUGACCAAUUCAGGAUUGGCCACUAUGAGGCAAAUCCUAAAACAUUCAUACUUCCUCAUCAUGUUGAUGCUGACUCAAUUAUCUACAUCAGGAAAGGAAAUGCUGUUAUUACUCUCUUAAUGCAAGAAAAUCGGAAGACCUUUAAUUUAGAGCGCGGUGAUGUACUGAUGAUUCCGGCUGGCACAACAGCCUACUUGAUUAAUAGUCAUGACGAUGAGAAACUGGAGAUAGCGGAGCUAUUGCGCCCUGUAAAUAACCUUGGUCAUUUAGAGGAAUUUUUCGGUAUAGGUGGCGCAGGGCCAAAAUCAAUCUUCAAUAGCUUUAGUCCAGAACUCCUCCAAGCUGCACUUAAUAUACCAAAGGAGCAGUUAAAGAAGAUGUUAAGCCAACAGAGAGAAGGAGCUAUCAUCAGAGCUAGUCAGGAGCAAGUGAGAUCCUUGGCUUUGUCCGGAAGACAAUUCGGAGAAUCAAGAGAUGGUCCAUUCAAAUUAUUAUACGAGCCACAAUAUUUGAAUGAACACGGUGACUUCUAUGAAGUUACCCCAAACGAUUAUCAACCGCUCCAAGAUCUCGAUGUCUCAGUUGGUUACUGUAACAUCAAACAGGGAUCAAUGAUGGCGCCACACUAUAAUUCUCGAACAACCUAUGUUGUGUGGGUGGAGGGAGGAAGUGGGUACAUUGAAAUGAUAACUCCACAACUAGAAAGCGAAAGCAACAAGAAACACUCAACGAGCAGCAAGAAAUACGAGAAAGUCAGGUCUAGCUUGUCGAAGGGCGAUGUCUUUGUUAUUCCUGCCGGAUAUCCCAUCAUUUUGGUUGCUUCAGAGGAUGAGUUUAGAACCAUUGGAUUUGGUAUUAAUGCUCAAAACAACCAAAGAAACUUCCUCGCAGGUCAAGAAAACAUAAUAAAUCAACUAGACGAAGAGGCGAUGGAGCUGUCGUUUAAUAUGCCGGCGAGAGAGGUAGAGCAGAUGUUUCAGCAACAAGGGCAAUCCUAUUUCAUGGCUGCGCCUCAAGAAUCGGAAAAGGAAGACUUGGUUUCGAUUUUGGAUUUCGCUGGCUUUUAAGUACAAGUAUUAUCAAGUAUAUUAGUACAAGAGUUGUGGAACUGUAGAAUAAGUGUGUAAGGCUACAACUUUCUCUUUAAAUGUUGUAAAGUAGAUCUGAAUAAUACUGUGUCACAGGCUUGUUUCUUGCAUCUCAUUUGUUUACUGAGAUUGUUGUGUGGUCGCACGUAAAAA